CAGAUCUUAAGACCUUUGUUUCACACAGGACCUAGUUGGUGUGGAGAGAUUUGUUUUCUCAAUAAAUAAGAUCUGGUUUUCAUAUUUACUCAGAACCAAACUGGAAACUAUGUGUUUGUGCUCCAUCAGGAUCAGUUGUGCUCAGAUCUCUCACUGAGGUUUUCUGCUGUCAGUUUUAAGAGUAAAACCGUCUCCAGACCAGGUCAGGUCCCCAGCAUCAUAAUGUUGAUGAGGACUCUGUCUUAAUGUCUUCAGCUCUUUAAUUCAUUGAAAAAUAAUUAGUUUUGCAGUUUUUGUUGUUGAAGAACCUGAGAGAAGUUUGAUCAUUAAUUCUGUUUCUAUAUGAGAGGCCCACAGAUGGAGAGCAGCUCCCUGAGCACGGCUCAAUGGACUCCAACAAUGCAGCAGUGUGUGUGUGUGUGUGUGUGUGUGUCUGUUUGGGGUGGGGGUGCAGCAUUUGGGAGCCUUUCUUUGGUUUCCAUAGAAACCAUGAUGUAAGACUGGGCUGGAGGGUUCCCCCUCUGAAGCGGAGGAAGAGCGGUGUAAGACGUUGCGAGGACGUUUGGAGGACACUUUGGAGGAACUUUGUGACGUUCAGGUAUAACUCCGCCCCUGAUGAGAACAGUAUUCCCAGUACGUUCUACACCGUCAGCACUCCAACAUGGCAGAUAGAAACCUCUCCUCUUCGUCCUCCGUUUCUUAUCACAACAUCAGAGCCAUGGUUGCUAAAUGCUCUCCAGGUCCACACAAAAAUGCCUCUGUCGAACAAGGACCAGAAGACCAGAGUUCCAGAACUCCUGAAGCAGGCUCUAUUUCUGAAGAUGAAUCAAGCUACAGCAAAUCCUGGGGUCAGAGCCUCGCAUCUGUGCUGAAGUACAGAGCCAGGACCACCAGCUCCAAGAACAAGAUUAGUCAGGCAGAACCAGAGGCCCUGUUGGACCUGAUUCUGAAAUCUCAGAGUCAGAGACUGCAUGACCAGAGAGCCAGCCUCUGCCUGCUUCCUGACUCAGGACCACCUCCCCUCUGUGGGGCCUGCAGUGCAGAAAAGACUCUUGUUCCAAGUUUGGAUUUCUACAACAUGCUCAUCCGCUAUCAGUCUGACAGGAUAGAAGACCAGAGGUGCUCCCUCCCUCAUCCUGAUGAUGAUGUUGGUCCAGUUCCUGAGGAUGAAGAGAACUUCUUUAAUUUGGUGCAGAGAGUUCAGUCCAGGAGGAUGGAUGAACAGAGAGCAUCAAUGCUGCACAGUGAGACACAGUGAGAAUGACCAGUACUAGGAGCUACCUGGCUGCUCCCACCAUCACCAUCACUACUACCAUCAUCAUCAUCACCAUCAACAUCACUGAUGGAGCAAGUCAGGGCUCUCCUGUGAGUCUGGACCUUGAGAUGAAAACCAGAACCCAAUUAUCUUAGCUUAUUUUCAGUUUCUCACUGAUGAUCUCACUGACUGGAGAGGUCACCUGAAACAUUAAAGACUGAGAUGCCUCACCAUAUUCCAAAAGGUUUCCUGCUGGAACAAGAAGCUGAAGGUCCUGAGGAAGUAUAAAACAACAACCAUAGCCCAUCUCUGACUCACCUUUUGAGUCAUGAGAUGAAACCACUAACGUAAAAGUCACUAUUCCCAGAAUGCAUGAUGAGUUCAGGAUUGGCUCCUCACAGAUUGAGUGUCACUGACUCUGACUGGUUGUCCUGCUGCAGAACAGCAUCUGCGGAUUAUGGGUACUGUAGUAAAACAGGCACAGUACUGUGUGAGUCCCUGUGUUUGAAUCAGUUAUGUUUGUAUAAAUUAGAUGUUCCAGUUAACAUAAAAGCUUCUCUAACAAACCCUUGUUGUUUUUUAUUAACUCUGACUCUCAGCAGGUUUUAAACCCUAAUGACUCAAAAUAUUUUAUUCUGAAGCAAUCAGACAUCAGAAGUGCAACAGCUUCUAUUUUCAUACAACAUGGCAGCAGCUUUAGAUGGGUUAAGGUUAGCGGUUUUUAAGGUCUUUGGUUUGGUUAAAUUUACUGCCUUUACUAACAUUUAAAUCUCUUUCCUGAACACAGACAUGAUAUUCAGUUAAUGCAACUAUAUCAGUCUGAAUACAAAGCAUCACAUCCACACUGUUCAUGUCAGAGCCUGGGAUUUUGCUUAGUGUUUUUUGCCUGCUGCUUACUCUGUUUACCCUCUAGAUGCCGCCAGAGCUGCUGGUGCCAGAGAGCGACAGGUGCAACCCGUUAUCCACUCAUCAGGAAGUGCUUAAAGAGGCUGGGCAGCCAGCACUCCAGUGCCUGAGUGUUUUGCCAA